GUUCUAUCAACAAGCAAGCAGGGGAAACCACUGGGGCCGCCGGGGCUCAGAAGCUGGAAGAGGGGCCCUGAGGAGCGCGGAAGCUGAAGGAGGGAAGGCCUCAGGCUACUGGAGAGAGCAAGGACCCGAAGAGACUCCAGCGGGGCCCUCAGUCGCUGAGGGCGGCCCUGAGGGAGCUGGCGCAAAGCCUACCUGUCUACCCUAGUCAACUUGAGAGUCUGGGCUGGCCAUUCCGGACCUGCUGGGGUCAGGAGGGGGCUUCCCUAUUAACUGAUUAAGUGCUGAUUGGCCCCAAUUUGUACCCCUGCCAGGGGAGGGGAGCCCUGAAGCCACGCCUGUGCUUAAGAGGAUAGUGAGGGUUUUGGCUGGGAACCCCCUUCCUCUGCCAUCCAAGCAGCCCCAGUGCCAGUCGCCAACCGUGGCGCACGGACACGCGCGCCACACCAGGAGAUGCGUUGCGGCGUGCGCUGCGCCCAGCACCGGCGGGCCCGGGGACGCACGCGGGGCCGAGUAUCCUGUCCCCAUCCCCCCCACCUCUUCCCGGGGGGUGGGGGUGGCCCUGGGCGACCCCGGCAGCUCUGACAGCGGAGACCCCGUGGGGUGCCCAUACAGGGUUGUCCGCGGGGGUGGUCAGAGCCUCCGUUCUAGAUGGAGGCGCUCCGGGAGGAGCUGGCUGAACGGCGGCGGCCUUCACCUUGUGGCCGCGGGUGACCACACCUCCCCUAGCGCAGAGGCUGCUGCCGGCGGGAAAUGCUGCUCCAGCCUGCUCCCGGAGACCCUGGUGUGCACACCAGGAUGGAGCUGGGCCGAGCAACAGAGACCUUUGUGUUGGAGCUGCGAUGUCUUGAGGAUGGGGGCCCAGGGCCAGACACCCUCUCAGGUGAGGGUUGUGGGUGUGGAGACAGUGGGGGCCCCAGCAAGCGUUCUUCAGUUGAGUUGCAAGCCCGCACAGUCCAGACCCCAACAGAAGGACUCUGGUGUGGCCAGUGGUGGACUCACUCAUGCUGCUGACCUUAGCUACCUUGAAACUUGAUUUAGGACCUGUUGAGGUGGCUGUCAGGCCAAGGUCUUGCAGGAGAGGGACACCUUGACAGAUUCGGUAGCCCUACCCCCACGCCUGGGCUGGCUCUAACCUUCAUUUCCCAGGAGGCUUCUACCAUCUCCCACGUGGGGCUAGAGGAUCCUUCUUUGUCUCUGAUGCCUCAGGCACUGGCUGCAUGGCUUCUUUUCCAUAGUUACCUGGUUCUCAUUUCCUUAACAUCCGUCCCUGUCUCUUUCCCUCCACCCACCACACAGAGGCCCCCACAGAGAGGAACUUUCCAGUUCUCUCCCUGAGACUCAUACAGGGGUAGCAUGAGUCAGGGCGGAGAAGAGCCAGUUUUCACAUUCUGGGCUUUAACAGUGACGGUAUGGGGAUAGGCUUGAACAGUUAAAGGAGAAUGAGGAAGAGCUGGGCCUGGGGUCACAUGACUGGAAUCCCAGGCAAGAGGGUCACGGUUUGACAGUUGACCUAUGUAGUGAGUUCUAGGCUAGGACUAUAUACAAUGAGACACUAUUGCAGAGAGAGAGAGAGAGAGGGGGGGGAUAUACGUGUCUAUAUAUCACGGAAACUGGAAGAAUAAAAUUAUAAGAUGGGGACCUGUGAAUUGAACAAAGACUCUUUCCGCUUGUAAAUUCAACUCUAGCAGGCACACACUACUUCAGGUGACAUCUAACCACAUGCUCAAUAAAAUGCUUCUGUGGAAAGUGCUGCCCCAGGAAGUCAGAGUGACCACGGGACCAAGCUAGAGAGGCGGAGACUCACAAAGAGGUGAGGUCUGUCCCUGCAGAGAAGCAGAGGAGAGGACAGUGCUUGGUGGUGCUUGGUGGUGAGCCUGCCGUGGGGAGACGGUCCCACAGCCGUAUUCAUCCGCCACCCAGCACCCCAGCUGCCCUGGAGGACGUGCUCCGGGGGGCUCGGGAGGUGGCUCUGCGGGGCAGGCGCUUGCCCCACAGGCCUGAGGAUGGGAUCUGGAACCCCAGUGCUUCUAUGGGCGGCACAGGCAGGGAGUCCUCGGAAGCCCCAGGGCCAGCUCGCCUGGCUGUCCUGUGCAGUGACAGACAAGAGACCCUGCCUCAAAGUGGAAGGUCAGGUCUAAAGCCCAAGGCUGUCCCUGACCUCUACAGGUGUGCUGUGGCACAUAUGCUCCCAUAAUCACAUACAUGAACACACAUGCACAUACACACAAGACACUCAGAUUUUUCUAAAACUGCAUCCAACAAAGGCGAUGAGAAAGGGUUUGUUCUUCUUAAAUAUAAUUACACGCAGCUGGUUUUGUUUUUUGCAUGUUGUAUGUGGAUGUGCAUGUGUGCAUUCAUGUACCUUGUCGGUGUUUGGGUGUUCACGUGUGUGUGUGUGUGUGUGCGCGUGUGUGUGUCCAGGUUGGUGUCAUGAAUCAUCCUUGGUCAUUCUUCCGCCUUCUUCAAUGGGACAGGGUCUCUGAAUUGAACCCAAAGCUCGCCUAUAUGGCGAGCCUUUCCGGCCGCCUUCCUCCAGGGACCCCCUCUCCUCUCCACCCUCUGGAGUUACAGGUAUGCUGAUGUGCCUGGCUGUUUAGUUAACUCUGGAACUGCAGACUCCUGCCUGCCCCCGGCUUCCUUUCUGCUUCAGUGCUUUCUAGAAACAGCUUGCUGUAUCCUUACAGAAAUGGCUCAUUCACAGACAAGGCAAAUUUCACUUAAAGGGUGAGCAUCCGCAGGCGGUAGUGGUACAUACCUUUAAUCCCAGCACUUGGUAAGCGGAAGCACUCAGAUUCUCUGUGAGUUCAAAGCCAGCCUGGUCUACAGAGCUAGUUCCAGGACAGCCAGAACUACCCAAAGAAACCCUGUCUUGAAAAACAAGAUAGAUGAUAGAUAGAUAGAUAGAUAGAUAGAUAGAUAGAUAGAUAGUUAAGAAAAGAGAAAAGAAAAGAAAAAAAAUGUGGCCAUAGUGAGGUCAAAGUUCAGCUUGGAAUAGCCGUUUUUUCCCUGCAUGGGGAGAAAGUGCUAGCGACCUCUCAGGAAUUGGUGUCAGAAGCCCCAAGCUCCUGUGUUGCAAUCAAAACCAAGAGCUACCCAUGGGGCUUGUGUGGAGGGGGCUCAGAGGGGGUCUGAAUGAGAUCGUCAGGGGACCCUGGGAAUGUCUGUUCUGUCACCGUAGCCCCCUGGUCCCACAUUUUGGGGUCCCUGCUCAGAGCCCCUUAGUGUAUCCAGAGUACAUUCUUUUUUUGGGGGGGAGGGGGUCUGGUCCAGAUAGCUGCCUGUCAUUUCUUCUCUCCUGGCUUCCUGCCAUCUCCGCUACAGGUGGCAGUGGUGGGAGUGAGAGCCGGGAGGAAGAGGAGGUUCAGGAGCGCAGCGGCCACCGGCAGCCCCUAGCACUUGCAGCCCCAUUCGGGGCUGGUAAUGGUGCUGAGGCGGAGCAGUUGGAACCACAGGACUUGCGGCUGCGAAAGUCAGAGCGACAGCUGCAGCUCAAGCAGCGGCAAGAGCAGCAGCCUCUGCAUCAACAGUCAGGAUCUCAGCCAGAGCCGCCCCAGCAGCAGCAAGAUGGAUGGCAGCGGCUGUCUCAGUGGCAACGAGAACUGCAGGGAAACCCCCAGUCCACGCAGCCUCAUAAACCCAAACCACAGCUGCCCAUGGGGCAGCAGCCGGGACCUGGACAGGAGCAACAAAGCCAAGGCCCACAGCUAUUGCAGUUGAUGAUGCAGCCCCAAGGCCAAGAGCAACAGCUGUUACAGCAGCAGCAACAAAUGCAACAUCAGCUACCGCAGCAGCAAGCGGAAGGACAGGCUUUGCUGCAGCAGCUGCCGUCACAGCAGCCAAUGCAAGAGCAACAGCAGUCGCAGCAGCAGCAUCUCCAGCUGCUACAGCAGCAUGUUCAAGCUCAAGACUAUGCACUGCAGCAGCAGCUACAGCAACUGCAGGAGCAGCAGCUGUGGCAGCAGCAGCAGCUGCUCCAACAACAGCAACUGUUGCAGCAGCAGGGACAGUUGCAGCAGCAGGUGUUGCUGCUGCAGCCACAGAUACAGCUGCUGCAGCAGCAACAGGCCCAGCUGCAGCAGCUGUUGGAGCAGCAACAGGCACAGUUACAGCAGCACCUAUUGCUGCAGCAGCAAGAACGGUUGCUGCAGCAGCAGUUUUUGCAGCAGCAGGAGGAACAGCUGCAGCUGCAGCAGCAGCUGCUGCAGCCUCCUCCCCUGGAGCCAGAGGAGGAGGAGGAGGAGGUGGAGCUGGAGCUCAUGCCGGUGGACGUGGGUUCUGAGCAGGAGCUGGAGCAACAGCGGCAGGAGCUGGAGAGGCAGCAGGAGCUGGAGAGGCUGCAGGAACAGCGGCAGCUGCAGCUAAAACUGCAGGAACAGCUGCAUCAGCUGGAGCAGCACCUGGAGCAGCAGCAGCGGCUGGAGGAGCUGCAGCGGCAGCAGCGGGAGCAACAGGAGGUGCAGCUGGAGCUGGCCCCGGUGGAGCUGGGCGCCCAGCACCAGGAGCUGCAGCUGGAGCUGGCCCCCGUGCAGCCGGAGUUGCAGCUGGAGCUGGCCCCCGUGCAGCCGGAGUUGCAGCUGGAGCUGGUGCCCGCUCCGGGAGGCGACGCAGCGCCGGCUCCGGCCACCGUCGUGGUGACCCCUCCGGGUUACGUGGUGCUGCAGGAGCUCACGGUGGUGCCCGCCGUGGCCACCUCCGCCGUGGUGGCCAUCCCGGGCCCCGCGGGGAGCGCGGCCCUGACGCCCGCCCGGCAGCGGAGGAAGCGGCGGGCGCGGGACAGGCCGACCAUCUGCGGGGAGUGCGGCAAGGGCUUCAGCCGCAGCACGGACCUGGUGCGCCACCAGGCCACGCACACCGGGGAGAGGCCGUUCCUCUGCAGCGAGUGCGGGAAGGGCUUCUCGCAGCACUCCAACCUCGUCACGCACCAGCGCAUCCACACGGGCGAGAAGCCCUACGCCUGCGCCCACUGCGCCAAGCGCUUCAGCGAGAGCUCGGCGCUCGUGCAGCACCAGCGCACGCACACCGGGGAGCGCCCCUACGCCUGCAGCGACUGCGGCAAGCGCUUCAGCGUCUCCUCCAACCUGCUGCGCCACCGCCGCACCCACUCGGGCGAGCGGCCCUACGUGUGCGAGGACUGCGGCGAGCGCUUCCGGCACAAGGUGCAGAUCCGCAGGCACGAGCGCCAGCUGCACGGGGCGGGGCGCGCCCGCGGCCUGGGCAUCCUGCGCGCCUCCAGGCCCGCUCCCAGGCCCGCGCCCUCGGGAGCUUCCGCGCGGGCCAAGCCCACCUCCGCCUCCGGCAGGCCCUGAGCCGCCGGAGCGCCCGCACGCUCCGUCACGGGCCUCGCUUCGGCCGGGGGUCAUGGCCUUCACCCGAGUUUGGAGCUUUCUGAGGAUCUUGAAGUCUCCUUGGGAAAGGAAGACUUCCGUGUUUCCCCAGACCCCCCCUCCUCCCGGCACCGAGUUCACAGAUUCACUCUCCCCCCCAGAAGCCAUGCACAAGAGACCAUCCCCACGUGCGUGAGAGACUGCCCAAUUUCGUCCCUCCCUGGGAAAACUGGACUGAGAACUCGCCUGGUGGCAAACGGCUCGGCUCGUGCGAGGUUUGAUCCAAGCAAACCCUAUCAAGCCGAGGAAUGAGCAGCGCAAGGGGAGCUGGGAAAUACUGGAUACUUAAGGAGGAACUGCACAGCCGGGAGGCGAGGAUGUAGCCGGCUCGCCCAGCAGAAAAGCCCGGGGUUUUAGCUCCAGCAGUACCUAAGCCGGCUGUGUUGGCACCUGUAAUCCCAACACUUGAGAGGCGGAGGCAGGAGGAUCAGAGGUUCAGGGUCAUCUUCGGCCACGUAGUGAGUUGAGAAAGAGAGAGAGAGAGAACUGGCCUUCACAAUACAGUGAACAUGGACAAGGGACGUAGACCUUGAGAGUAUUUGUCAGGAUGAAAGGCAGAAGGGUGGAGGCAGUUCUGCUGCAAACGCCUGUGUUCACAGACACGGUCACAGCGGCAAGCAGGUUAACAUGCAGAUAAAAGCCGGGAAGCCCUGCCCUGGGUAGGAGGUCAGGCCUUCUUAACCUGGGAUUCCAGACGACAGGCUCGAGGCAGGUUCUGGGCUUCUGUGGCAGUGCCCCCACCAACCCCCGAGCCAGCUGUCCCUCCUGACUGUCCCCUCAUAGAGGAGCUCAUGGCCGUGAUGCAGAGAUUGAUUUCUAGGAAGAGCCUGGAGAGAACUUCCGGGUAGCCCCCCCACUCCUAAACUGCCCAGAGGCUGCUCAGGUGGCCUGCGCUGUCUGACUCAGGAUGGCAGGCUCCAGGACCAGGCUAUGGGGAGGGCUGGCCAAAAGUGCCCUGCCUCCUAGAUGGGCAUGCGGGAAGAAGGUGGGGACAAGGCCUGGGAGUUAUCAGGCUGCAAACCACGUGUCCCCGUCUGAGUGAAGCAAGGUUGGGAAAGUGUGCAGGCGGGAGGGGGCCCUCCCUGGCCCCCAGCCGCUUCCUGCCCCACCUGACCUCGCUGCCCAAGGUGGCUGCUUGGUCCCUGCGCUUCCUCUGCUCUCCCUGCAUCUCCUGCCAAGUUUUACACAUGUUGGCAAGUGAGAAACAGACCGUGGAAAUUAAAGCGAAGAAUCCUGCGUGUCCUGUCUGUGGCUGGAACCUGGCAUUUCAUGUCUUGCCCAGAACCUCUCUCCUGUGUUUGAAACAGUCUGGCAUAGGCCCAGGCUGGUCUCACAUUCGCUCUGGAACGGGAUCAACUGAACCUAGCUUCUGAUUCUCCUCCCGAGUGCUGGGCUUACACCUGUGCACCACUGUGCUUAGUACACGCAGGGCUGGGGAUCGAACACGGGGCGUGUGCAUGCCAGGCAAGCACUGCACCAACUGAGCUGCAUCCACAGCCCCAAUUAUGGAGUCUCCUUUUAUGAGAUUUUUAAAAAUGUGGCUCAAGUCAUCCUUGACCUUGGAGUAAUUCUGCCCCAGCCUCUUGAGCACUAAGAUUACAGGCAUGAGCCACCACACACCCGUGCGUGCGCGAGUGUCGGUGGAAGGAUGUGUACGCCACACCGCACAGGGGAUGGUUUUAUGGAGGUAAUUUUGGAUGCAGGAAGCCAGGCUUGUGUGCCAAGAGGCUCCACCUGUUGCGCCAUCUCGCCAGCCCCACCCAAACACCUUAUUUUUUGAGACAGGGUCUCUCGCUGAAUGAACUUCGAGUAGGUCCAUUGGCUAGACUGGCUGGCGAGUGAGCUCAAGGGGUCAUUGUCUCUGCACCAUCCCCCUCCCCCCCGUUGGGACAUUAGAGAUGUGCUCUACCACACCUUCCUUCUGUGUGGGUGCUGGGCCUCUAAACUGGGGUCCUCGAGUUUGCACAAGCCCUUUGCGGACUGAGCCGUUGCCCUAGCUCAGAAGAAACCUUUCUAAGGGUGAAAAUGGGUGGGUCUGGGCCAGUGGCUUUCCACCUUCCUCAUGCCUUGACCUUCUCAAUACGGUUCCUCCAGGCGUGGUGACCCCCAACCAUAACAUUAUUUCUGUCUCUACGUCACAGCUGUGAUUUUGCCACGGUUAUGGACUGUAAUGUGAAUAUCUGAUAUGCGGGAUGUCUACUAUGCAACCCGUGUGACGAGGCUGUUUGACCCCUAGAGGGGUCACGCACGACCCAAAGGCUGAGCAGCCCCGAUCUAAGCCAACACUGUGAACACGCUGCCUCUGAGCCCAGUUUAAGAUCGGCUCUUAUUAUUUGUAGUUCCGUGUAGGCUUGUGUGCGUCUGCGGAUGGGCGUGUACACACGGAAGCAAGUGUUUUCCGAAGACGCCGGAAGUGCGGGAUCCCCCGGAGCCGUGGUUACAGAGGGUUGAGAGCGGCCUGACGUGGGUGCUGGAAGCCGAACUCCAGUCCUCUGAAGAGCAGCACUAGGCCAGCCCUCCAGCCCCCUCUGGAUAAAUCUGGAAAGGGGGUCCCUCUCAGUGGCACACCCCCGUUGCAGGAUUCGGGGCUUGUGGGGAGAGGUGAGCAGGACUUCGGCCCCUGCAGCUCCUGGCAGCUCCCGGCAGCUCCCUGCACGCACAGGGUCCUGCCUAAGCCCUCCACCUGCAGUCUUGGUUGGUUAGUUGGUUAGUGUAUGCCAUGGCCCACUUUCGGAGGGAAGAAGGCAGCUUUCAGGACUGGGCUCUCUCCUUCCACAAACCAAGUGGAUCCCAGAGGUCCCAUUCAGGUCAUCGGGCUUUAACCAUUGAGCCAUCCUGCCAGCCCCUACUUUUGGCUUUAGCCAGCAGUUUUAGAAUUGAGUGAUUCUUUAACUUGAGUGAACCGAGGUUAACCCUGUUCAUGUGCUCUUAUGCAUCAUAUAAAUACACACACACAUACACAUAUUAGAAAUUUUGCCAGGUAUGGUGGCGCUCACUUGUAAACCCCAGCAGGGAAGCAGAUGCAGGAGAACAGUGAGUUCAAGUCCCGCCUGGGCUACAUAGGAAGAUCUUGUUUUACAAAAAAAAAAAAAAAAAGGGAGGAGCGAGCCAGACAUGGUAGUUCAUGCCUGUAUGCCCAGGACUUGGGAUGCUGAAGAAGAAGGAUCCAGAGUUGGAGGCUAGCCUGGACUACAUAGUGAUACUUUAUAUAAAAAAGAAAAAGACAAUUGAAAUAUUGUAACUAGAGAAUAGAUGUCACCUGAGGGAAGCAGAGGCAGCAGUAAAAAUAAAUACAAUGCUGUUUCCCAGGGGCUGCUACAUCACAGCAAGAUUCAGAGGCUUGCAGAAAGUGGCAGGACCUCCUUGCUCUUUGUUUUGUUUAAAAGACAUCCAGUGAUGAGAAAACUGUCACACUCACACACGCACGGGCACACUUUCUAGGUGCAGUAUUUUGGGAAGGGAUGGAAUUUAAAGCUUUGUUGAUUCUCAACAAGCAUCUACGUCUAAGCCAUGCUACCAGCCUCCACUGAGAGAUUAUAAGCAGAGGCUCCACCACUGAGCCACACCCCAGCCCCUCACUGGGGGAUUCUAGGCAGGGGCUCUACCACUGAGCCACGCCUCAGCCCCUCACUGGGGGAUUCUAGGCAAAUGCUCUACCACUGAGCCACACCCCAGCCCCUCACUGGGGGAUUCUAGGCAGGGGCUCUACCACUGAGCCACACCCCAGCCCCUCACUGGAGAUUCUAGGCAGGGGCUCCACCACUGAGCCACGCCUCAGCCCCUCACUGGGGGAUUCUAGGCAAAUGCUCUACCACUGAGCCACAUUCCAGCCCCUCACUGGGGAAUUCUAGGCAGGAGCUCUACCACUGAGCCACACCCCAGCCCCUCACCAGGCAAUUCCAGGCAGGGGCCUCUACCGAGUCAUGUGACUUCUGGGUGGUAAGCACCCCUACCCCCACUGAUCCAGGCACCCCACCCUCUUCUUUCUUAUUGUGAAACAUCAUUUCCCAGAAUGGCCUGAGGCCUUCUGUGUAGCCCAGGCAAAUCCAGGAUUCCUGAUCCUCCCGCCUCAGCCUCUUGAGUGCUAGAAUCACAAGCACGUAAAAUCACGCCCAGCCUCCAGUAACAACUACUGACCCCUUGCUUCUAACGGCCGGUAGACUCCUGCUUGCGGCUGGAAGUUAGCAGAGUAGAGCUCAGGCUGUCCAUGUGUUAAACUGGAGGCCCAGCCCCUACACGUCGCCUCAGGGUGCUUCUGCUCUGAGGACAGUGACCCCCUUGCUCUGCCUGUACUGUGGCUCAGUUGGCUGUUCUGCUACUGCUGACGUCAGUCUUGACAGGCUGUCACAAACUCACCAGAAGGGAAUACUUUUAUUUUUUUACUUAUUUUAAUUUGUGAAUACGUGUGUGCUGGAUCUGUAUGGCGACACCCCUCAUGUGUGUGCAGGGGCCCGCAGAUGCGGGAAGAGGCCGUCAGAUUCCCUGGAAUGGGUAUGGCAGUUGGCUGCCAGCGGCCUAAUGCGGCUGCUGGGCUGCACACUUAAGCGCAGCAAGUACUCCCAUCUGUGCCAUCGCUCUCGCCCACAGGAAGGAGCUGCUUUAAAGCACUUUCUUCAAAACAAUAUAGAUGGAAUCUAACAGACUUCGAAAAGAAGAAUAUACAUUUUUUUUUUUUUUUUUUUUUUGGCACUAAAGCAAUUCCUGGGUCUCUUAUCUCUAAACAGUAUGUGCAAGGCAAGGGACACAGAAGUGCCCAAGUACACUCAGGUAACAGCUGGCUGGCUGCACAGCCCCCAUCCAAGCUCUCUGACACCUGAGGCAGGAGGAUGGCAAGUUCAAGGCCAGCCUGGGCUGUAGAGAGACAUCUUACCAUCCCCAUGGCCUGCUUAAUUCCUGCUCUGCCCUUCACAGUGGCCUCUGUCAGUGACAGGACCGUCUGCCAACCCAGCAAUUUUCAGAAAGCUUGUUCUUUGUGCCAGCUCUCGUGCCACUCACCAAAGGGGAGACAGGGGACACAGCCAGCAUAGGAAAGGGCUGGUCAUUUCUGUAUAUUUGAGAUUUCUGUGAGUGUGUGUGUGUGUGUGUGUGUGUGUCAGGGGGACACUUGGUCACAUACAGUAGUUUAGGGCUGAUUCUGACUCUGCUGGAGACUGCCAACCGCAGCCAUGACCUACCCAUCCUUCAGAAAACACGGACACCCCCUGGCUGAGUAGCACUGUGUGACAAAUUUAUCCUGGGGAGACACAACAAACCCUAGACAGGGACCCCACGACAGAUCCAAGGGCAGAUUCCAGCGGAGUCCAACCUGGUGAGCCAGUGAGUUUUACUGGGGCUCCUUACGGGAAUACAGAUGGGGAGGGGGUUACAGGAGCAGAAAUGACUCAAAGACAGCUGCGUCACCAAAGCCCACCCUGGCAUGGUGACAGCUCACUGAGCCGGGACCUGGAACACACUGCACAGCCUGCGGGCAGCUCAGCAAGCUGGAGGGCGUCCUUUCCAAGGGACUCUGGUCUAAACCUCCUCCAGGCAUCUUCCAAGCAGCUGAUCUGCUCUCAGAAUCUUCUUUUGCAGCUCAGCUUGUCUGAGUCUUCUUCGCUGGUCUGUUCUGCUAGACACAGAGGGAACUUUCCACUUUUAUGGCUUAUUCUGGCAGGAAGGGUUGUCUAUUGAAUCUAGUUAGUUUCAGGGACUUCCUGAAGCUAUUUUGAGGUGUUUACCUUCCUGCUUAAGUCGCUCGCUGCAGGUUAGAAUGUUUUGAUCUUGGAGGAAACUGUCACACAGGACUUUCUCAGGCUUCUGAAAUGAUCUCUGAGCCUCGGAGGGGGUAACUAUAGCGAUCCACCUAUAACUAAGGAGUAGGCCGCCACGCCACAGUGACAGUCACUUGUUCUCAGGAGCUUCACCAGUGGUUGAGUUGAGGUUGGCAAUGACAGUGAUCCACAGGCUAAAUUCACAUGUUGAGAAGGCGGUUUGACAGGCACAUCACAUCCAUCUAGAAAAAGCACAGAAGUUGCUUCCCCAAUGGGACCAGUGACCCCCCCCCCCCAGGUUUUUGUCUUGGUCACAGUACUAGAUGUGAACUCCCUCGUGUGGAGUGGGCCUUAAACCCGCCAUAGUCCAGCCAACAGUGCCCGAGCAGGCACAUCCUCCCUGGCAUGAUGCUGUUAGCACUCGGGGGCCGUAGCCAAGUAGGAAUGUUGGUGACGGCUCUCUCCCCUCUGGCAUGUGAAAAGCAACCAGCAGGACGGGAGUUUCCAGUCCAGUCCCAGCUUAGUUUCUCCAUGUCCCGCAGUCACAGCAUGCACAUGCGCUGUCUUUGGGAAUGGGAUUUUACGGUCUAGUCCUGGCACACCGCCCACAGCAGAAGCAAUGGCCUUUACAGCAGCUCAAGGGGUGGUAGCCCACGCCUGGCGCUGAACCUUUCAGUGAAGCCAGCCCUGGUAGGGCCUCAAGGUGGGUGGAAGUACCACCACACCUGGUUGCCUCUCCAGUCUUUCCAAAUUGGCAGGGCACGCAGAGGGUUGGCAUUACGUCAUCAACAAAACAGCCCUCUUCCGGGACAAGGCAGGAUCCCAAACCGCUAGCCACUAACAGAGGCAAGGAAGUGCUCUGAGAGUGUCUUAUCAGAAGUCUGUUGUCAUCUGGGCUCAGGUUCAGCUGAGCCCAGAGGUUCACAGCUACGAAGGCGCUGAAAUCAGACACAAGCUGGGCCUGAUACAGCACGACUGCUCCAUCCCUUUGCAUCCGUUGCUUCCUCCACAGGUCAAGGCUGGGCACAAGGAAUGGAUAAAUGGAGCCAUUCUCCUAGUACAUUGCCAUGUGCCGGAGCUCUUCCCUGGAGCCUCCCGACAUUUCUCCAGCCCUGACAAACCUCAUGGGGCCUCCCUUAAUCUGCUCAGACCUCUUCAGGGCCAAAAGUGAAGGAAUGUGACCUUGCUGCACCUGCCGGCCCCCUGUGGGGGAGCGGCCCUGGGUUGCCUCUGGACUUCUGGCCUCAGGAUUUACCACACCUGACUGUUCUGGAGAGUUCCCAUCUAACCAUCUGGAUCCCAAGCAUAACCGUUUGCUGGAGGGAAAUAAACCCUCCGUCUGGGGGUGGUGACCCACUUCCGGAAGAGGCUUGGUCAUCUUCACUUUUAUUGUUCUGUCGUGAUGUCUUUCAUGGGCUGCUCCUCAGACUCGUUUGGACUUUAAAGCUUUGUCGAAGCCCCUCAGCACACAAUCUGGCAAAUCAGGUUUUUUCCUUAUGGACUCCAGCUGCACACAAAUCUUGCCACAUCUGUCUUUGAGGAACCCAGGCCUCUUCCUCCGCUUUAUCACUUUCCUAGCUGUCCCAGGCUGUGCCCUCACACCACAGGCUCUGUUCACAAGCUGGUCUAAGUCGCUCAGAUCUGCCAAAGUCUUCCCUGCUUUAUAAACAUCUGGCUUCACCAAUGGACCCAGCAAAGCCACUAACACUCCGUACCAGCCUUGUGGUCCAUACCAGCCUUGUGGCCCCUGCUAGAUCGGCUUUUUGCUUAACUCCUCUGUGAACACAGGUCUAUCUGGCCCUGUGAACUGGGGUUCAAACGCAGCUCCUCUUGCUCUUAUUCCUGGUUUCCUCAACAGCACUGGCCCCCUCCUUUAUGGUCCUCUAACCCCUGACAGUUACGGGACCUCUAACAGCGAUACCCAAGUGUUCCUAAUGGCUCUGAUUAGCCAGCCCAUCGGGCUGAUUUCUCCGACACCGUCUCGGGUCAUGCAGCCUUUAGCAGGGAUGGGAAGUUACACUGCCCAGUUUCCCUGCCUCCACAGCAGUCAGGCUGAUUCCGUCCACUCUCAAGUGCCACAGCCUCAUGAGCCAGGCUGCAACGGGCUCUUUCAUUGCUUGUUUAAAAGUCUCCCCCAAUUCCAGCAGCUCAGGCACCGAAUAUCCUGGGAUCACCAGUCUCUGGCCCUGGGCCAUCGCUAAUGCAUCUGUGUUAGAGUAUAGAUUUUCCCCUUUUUCUAUUAAAGCCCAGACCUGAGGGGUAUUUUCUGCUGCUUUUAUCAUGCUUUCUUCCUCCUCCCCUGGCUCCAAGUUCUUGGAUUCCAAGAAGGGAUUCUGAGCAUGGAUCUAACAUACACUCACUUUUUCUCCCACCCC